UGGGCUUAAUAUAAUUUGUCCAAAUCUUAAAUAAAAAUUCUACCUAGGGCUUUCCCUGUCAAAAGAACAACCUCAGCUUGUCGCCGGAAUCGCCACCAUAACUCACGAUUCAAUUUGGGGAAAUGCAAUCGUUUUGUGGGAGAGUUCGAUUGGUUAGAAGACACGCCACAAACAGCUUAAAGAUUGUCGAUUUCAAUUCAGUGAAAGGUUGUCCAUUGAUCAAACCUAAUUCUUUGGCUCGGAUUGAAGUGGGUGAUGUCAAAUUUGUGGGUAGUUCAGUUGAUUGUUCAAAUGGGUUGUUCUACGGAUCGCUGCGCAGGUUCACUUCUCCGUCACCAUUGGCAUUGACAAAACCCCGUAUCAAAACAGACUUGCUCACGUCAUCUAAUAAUGGUGAUAUACUUUCAGUAUCACUGUUAUACAGGAAUCCUAAGCCAGGUCCUUUUCACCUAUCUAUGGCACUGCAAACUUUGUCUGGUAGGUGCAUCACAACAGUGACUAAUUCAGCUGAUUCCAUUGCACAAGAUGCUUCUGCUUCUGUCUCUGAAGUUGCUCCACGCAUCAAAUUUAAGAGGCUUGAUAAAACAGCCAAGCAUAUAAUGCAGAUUAUUGAUAAGGAAGCUGUGGAGGAAGCGAGGAAACAAAAAGAGCUACCUGAUAUAAAGCCUGGUUAUAUCAUCCAGCUUAAAGUGGAAGUGCCCGACAAUAAAAGGCGUGUUUCAAUACUGAAAGGCAUUGUUAUAGCAAGGCGCAAUGCUGGUUUAAAUACUACAUUUAGAUUAAGGAGGCUUGUCGCUGGAGUUGGAGUUGAAUCUCUCUUCCCACUGUACUCACCUAACAUAAAGGAGAUAAAGGUCCUGGACAAGAAGAGAGUGAGGAGGGCCAAGCUUUACUAUCUCAGGGAUAGAAUGAAUCCACUCAAGAAGUAAUAGCAAACCCAUUUAGAGGUAGUAGUAGUGGUGGUUGUGGGAGACCAAAAGAUGUGUUGUUUUGGAAAUGGCGAAGCUGGAUUGCAUUGCUGAGAGAACAACUCACUACCUAGCUAGGAUUGAAUGGAAUGCUUGGCAAGCUGGUUUGAUGUAAACAUUGUUGAGAAUUGCAACACAGCUUCAAAUUCUGAACACCUUGGAGACAAAUCAACCAUUUAGGUGCAAGAUUGCUGUUGAUGCUGUGAAAGAGUAGUGGGAACUUUGUGCUUGUUGAGGGGCUAUUGAUGCUAUGAACUUUUUUGUGAUGCUAUCAACUUUAUCAUCCAAUUUAAUUUUUUUAUUUAUUUAUGGAAAAACAUAUUUAAAUUUGCAACUCUUUUAGGUUAAUUAGGUUCUAGAAAUUUUUUGUGAAUAAGAUAAAUUAUAGUUAUGUAUGUCAAGUUCUAUAUGGCAUGUGAUUAACACAAAUGUCCACAUGAAUCUUGUGACUUUGUCUCACUUUGGAAUUCCAACUGUGUCAGGCCCUUGGUAUUACAAGUGUGUUGAUGAAAUUGUAAUGGAGAAGUAGAACUUGGUUGAAUUGA